AUGCCCAAGCUUCCUGUUGCGCAUAUCCGCCGCCGGUCAUCGCUCGCGAGCAACCGUUCGUCGACCGAAGACCCAAAAACUGACCCUGGGAGCGGGGAAGAUGAGGUUGUCGAGCCCGACCAGGGAAAUGUCCUUACCCACAUUAUUUCCCAGCUCCGACCGGGGGCCGACCUCAGCCGGGUUGUUUUGCCCACCUUUAUUCUAGAACCCCGAUCUAUGCUGGAGCGGAUCACAAAUUUCAUGGCACAUCCCGAAACCCUACUUCCUAUGGCCGAGAACGAUGACCCUCUCGAACGCUUCGUCUCUGUUGUCAAGUUCUAUCUUAGCGGAUGGCACAUCAAACCUCCUGGUGUCAAGAAGCCGUUGAAUCCCGUACUUGGAGAAACCUACACCUGCUCCUGGAAAUAUCCUGACGGUACACAUGGAUACUAUAUCUCCGAACAAACCUCCCAUCACCCGCCCAAGUCAAGCUACUUCUUCAUGGCCCCAGAACACCAUAUCCGAAUCGACGGCACACUCAAACCGCGAAGCAGAUUCCUCGGUAACUCCGCCGCAAGUAUGAUGGAGGGUAUCGCCAUUCUACGAUUCUUGAACCGCGGGAAGGAUAAGGAACGGGGCGAGCGAUACAUCCUGACACAGCCGAACAUGUACGCCAGAGGCAUCCUGUUCGGAAAGAUGAAGUAUGAGCUUGGAGACCACAGUUUCGUGCGGUGCCCCGAAAACGACCUUGUCGCGGACAUUGAAUUCAAGACCAAAGGUUACUUCUCCGGUACUUACAAUGCUAUCGGUGGGACGAUCAAGAAUGAGAAAACCGGAGAAGUCUACUAUGAGCUUUCUGGCCUCUGGAACGGAGAAAUGCAUAUCAAGUCCGUUCAUUCGCAUGACAAGGAACUUCUCUUCAACGCUGCGAAAUCCAAGCCAACCUUCCCUACGACCCGUCCUAUUGACCAACAAGGUGAGCGCGAGUCGCAGCGGUUGUGGCAAAGCACAGUCAAGGCCAUUAUUGCGCGAGACCAUGAGACUGCCACAGACGAAAAGACCAAAAUAGAGGACCGUCAACGUGAAGAAGCGGCCAAGCGAGCUGAACAGGGUGUCGAGUGGCACCCCCGCCUUUUCCGCGCAGUGCACAGUGAACCUGGCGGCUCCGAGGAGGGCGAAGAGGGCCUCGAUUGGAUUAUCAACGCUCACGUUGACUCCCAUGACCCUGAACUUGCCAAAAAGCAAAUCAAGGCGAUUGCUCCGAUCUUUGAAGGAGAAACAUGGGACAACUUCGAGAUCCCCGCCUAUAAGUCUCACUCCAUGAACGGCGCCGAUAUGGCAGCAGCCGUCCAGUCGGAGAACGAGAAACCAGAGCCCCUCAUCCCGGAUACUAAGCCAACAGCAGCCAAGCCGGAAAUCAAACAGGAGGUCGUGGAGCGCACGGACUCGAAAACCAACGAGGUCGACAAGUACGUCGACGCAGCGGAAGAAACCAAGCCGUGA